AUGACCAGUGACGUCAUGCACGCAGUGAAAGCCAGGAAGAAAAACAAUACGGAAGAUCCUGUAUCUAUGAAACUGGUGCUGAAAGAACUUCAGUUAGCUUUAGGAACAGGAACAUUUUUAAGCAGUGCGAGCGCAAGUUGAGCUUUUGUUGUCACUAGGUAUCAACAUAAGAAUAUUUUUGACGGGUUAGAUAAUCUCCGAAGGUAACAUUGGAUCUAAAAGAAAGACACGACGAUUUAAGUGGCUCUGUCCAAUAGAAUUUGUCGAGUAAAAUUGAUUUAUUUGGUAUGUGCGUGACUCCCGCAAAGUGUUUGUCUCCGCUCGCCUUUAAGAACGCGAGGAAAAAAGUGUGUUCUGCAGGUGUUCCUGAGCGAUUGUAAAAUCCCUUUAUCUGAGAGACUAUAAUCUCUUGCCUUGUCUCAUCUUUUUUUUUGUUUCAGCUCAGCGAAAGUAUAGAUAAAUAUUUGGCUUGAUCUGUCUUUAGCAUAUGAGAAGUAAGAUCUGGUUUGACUAAAAGAAAAAGGGAAACAAUAAGAUUCGAAUAAAGGAAACUAAACGAAACAAACACAAAAUUUGUGGGCCUGAAGGAAAAACGUGACAAAAACAAUAAACUCGAGCACAUGGUCCAGACCAUAAUAAGCAAACUUAUCCCAGUACCGCACGGGUAGGGCAAACUCAACAUGACGUAAUUGCAAUCAACAGGAAGGAAAUUAAAAUCGAAAGUAAGAUGAAGAUGAUACCUUCGCUAUUAACGAAGAUCUCCGGUUCAAACCUUUGUCCAUUAUCAUGCGCUCGCCAAACACUAGUCCUCCUUGGCAGAAUAAUCUUUAAUCAUAGUAGGUAUCAUCAUAGUAGGAUUUCUUCUUAAAUAUUGAAGUAAUAAGGAGAAACUCUUGGCUGAGGUAAAAAAAUACAUUUUGUUUCAGAUUAAGAUUGAACAUUUGUUUAUUUACGAUAGCUUACAGAGUGUUUCGAAAGCCAAAUUUAUUCUGUUCAUGCAAAAGUUCCAUAUCUCGUUUCGCAGUUAAUUUUCAAUUUAAACUAAGAUAAAAAUUGAUGGGCCAUCAACAUAGUUUUGACAUAUUUAUGGUUUGGUGUUCUGUUUUUUCCGCGUUCCACUUAAAAGAACAGGUCAGUCGCGCGUUUGGCACAAUUUAGACCACCACUUCGUUACAGAAGAACUUCAAAGCCAUGAAACCGUCUUCGAACUGUCUUCGGGUAAUUUUUACGGUAGCUUGUAGAGUGUUUCGAAGGCCAAAUUUAUUCCGUUCAUGCAAUAGUUCCAUAUCUUUUUCGCAGCUUAGAGGAAGAUGAUCAAGAAGAGGAAAUUUCCGUUGCCUUUACGUUGGUCUCCUGUUUAAACCAUUGUCUAGUGUCACAGGGUCGCUUGCUAAACAUCUGUCGCCUUCGCUGAUACCCUAAAUUGAUAGUUUAACUGGAUUCUUUCUCUGAAUAACGAACUGAUACUUGCAUCGAUGGCAGGAGCGUCUAACGAAAAAAAUUGUCACGAAUCACCUUUUGGUUAGCUGCGCUUUAAAAAUCAUCCGUUCGAUAUGCACUCGACUAAGAUAAUCGGCAACACAUCCGACAAAAUGCAAAAUUCAGGUGUAAAUAUUCUUGCCUUAGAGACGUAUUCAGCUUUUUACUAAUUUCAAUUUGUCUCUUUUUGGCGCCACGUUCGAUUAAUUAUGUAUUUAUUAUUUUUAUUUGCGAGUUCAGGAACACUUUGCGAACCUUCCAGUGGAACACAAAUAUUGGCCAUGGUAUACAACAACACUCCAACUGCGAAAGAAAUAUCUGAGUUAUCAUUUUUUAUCAGCAAUGCGAUUUGCCACCAGGGACAUCACAAGGGCGAUUAUUUUAAACAUGAAGCUUUAAAACAACUAAAACCUGUUGCAAUCAGUUUUGCCCUUGUCAUUAAAAUUAUUCUUUCAGUUUCCCCCGAGUUUUAAACGCUAAUCGUUUUUGGAAAUGCAAUAUUUUUUAAUAUGCAAUCUAUUGGACUGUUGGGGUAAACUAGCUCAAGCAACACGCGCAAAUAAAAUUAUAACUGCACAAAAAAAAAAAAAGAGAGAGAACACCAUGUCGGUUAGCCACUGGUUCUGACUACAAUGGUAAAUGUCCCUAGAUAUCCAAAACAAUUCAACAUCAUGUAAUGUUGUUCCUACCUUUUACUGUUGUGGGAAUGUAGCCAUUAUUAACAGAUAAUUUGGAUCAAAAGGAUAUCUUAAGUUAGUCAGUGGAACUUAUGUUUCACCGAUCUUUACGCCACAGUUACUCCGAAAAACAGAGACAAGCCAGACAUAAAGGACACUAGAUCACCAAGCUUCCGAACUCAGACUUGUUUCGGAACCUUACGGGUAUGGUUUUCCUCUGUCCCAGGUACGUGAAGGAAAUUCAGUAACUGCAUACGUAAUUUAAAGCAUGGAGGUUACAUGUGGGCCAAGAAAUACUCUGUAAUAUAUAUAUGUAUUUGGGCCACUUAUCAGCCUUUAGUGCCUAUGUCUGUCCAGUUGUUCGCCUGUCGAUUGUUCCGCGCACUCUUUUCCUGGCUCUCUUCUUGGGUAUGUGUUUUUGUGUUGAUAUCUUUCAGGCCACUGGUAAGUAAGCCGUCCUUAUUUCUUUCGUUCUUUUCUUUAUCAUUUAGUCGCUCUGUGUACAUGCAAAGGUAAAAGAUAACAUCACUUGAGCCAUGAGACCUACAAGUGGUCGCCUUUGCUGAAGCGAAAAUGAGUUUUGCUACUCAUUUGGAGGGGGGUGGUGGGGUAUUUUACUUGGUAUAAGACGUUGCAAAGAGUUUAUUUCGUGUUUUAUUUGCCUAGUUUCCUUUCUGGGUCAGUGAUUUUUUUUAAAAUUUGAUUUGAGAAUUUAUGCCUAUUUCUACGUACUAGUAAUCAUGUUUAAGUUUGUUUGCUUUUCAAUUUUUGUUUCAUAUUUUUUUUUGUUUUCUAGACGAUUUCUUGAAAGAUUUACUAUGGCCCACUGGAGUCUACGGUGAAAACUGGCCAAAGCGUACCUACCUCAUCGCUUCUAUGAAAGCCAAUGACGGAAAAGACAUUUUUAAUGAACGCUUCAAAAACAAACACCGUCAACACGCAGAAAAAGUAAUGCUUCGCGACCCCCAAUUUCUUGAUGUGGUGAAAAAGAAUCGUGACAUCGAAAUCACUCUGACUUCAAACUACUCCCCUUGUAGUGACUGUGCGGAUAACUUAAAAAAAUUUUACGAAAAGUACACGGAUAAUAUAAAAAAUUUCACCAUCCAGUUUUCAUUUAUAUAUCAUAUAGAAAAAUACAAAAAUAAAACAACUCUCCAGAACUUAAGUAAGGCAGGUAUCACCUUACGAGCUAUGAAUGUGGAGUCGUGGCGUGAAGUUGGUCUUGACCUUGCGUUUUAUUUGAAUGCCACGGAACGUGAAAAAGUAAAGAAAAGAGACAGAAUAACAGCAAGGAAUCUCAAGAAUGUACUUUCUGAGCCGGAUCAAGACGGAUAA